CUACUAUUAAGUUCGGAGCAUGUAAAAGUGACAUAGCAUUUCUACAUAAAUGUUCUUUGUGAUUAUAGUGUGGUGUGGUGUGUGGUGUGUGUAGUGUGUGGUGUGGUGUGUGGUGGUGUAUCGCUCAGUACAAGCUGUGACCUCUGACAUCUGGAGGAACGACUGCUUGGGUGACACUGACCUGCAAGGGGGAGUCAUGAAGGACACACAAGUCACAAGUACACACAUACAUAGAUCUACAUACGUCUGGCAACAAGCAGGGGAGCACGCGAGCGCGCGCACACACACACACACACACACACACACACACACACACACACACACACACAUCUAUAUAUCCACACACACACACACAGACACACAGUUUCGUGUUUUGUGGCGCCGUGGCAUUAGGCUGAAUUGCUUGACACAGACUACAAGUCGUUUUGAAGUGCAGUAUAAUAGUGUGUGUGCGUGUGUUUGUGUUUGUGUUUGUGUGUAGUGUCACAUGAAGGAAGAAAGUGUCCUGUACGUUGACCUGAUUUGAUUCCAACCACUUCAUCGAAGAGCAGUGAACGUGAGCAGCCCUGCUGAAGAACCACCGCCAUGGCCGACCACGCCCACUCCGUCCCCGCCCCCGCCCCCUCUACCACCACCACCCCUGCCCCCUCUACCGCCGCCACCCCCGCCUCGUCUACGACAGCCGUCCCUGUCCCUUCUACCACCGCUGCCCCGGCCCCCUCUAUCAUAGCCAUCCCCUCAACCACCACCGGUGCCGUCUUCCCUGCCAACCCUUCCCCCUCCACCUCCUUUGCCCCAUCUACUGCCGCAGCUGUCCCCUCCGCCAGCGUCGCCCUUUCCGCCACAGCCGCUCCUUCCACCGCCCUCGUCCCUCCACUGCUGCCACCGCUGUCGCCGCCGGCGUGACAGUGGAUUAUGAGCGUGUGAAGCUGGUGUGUAUCUUGAUGGGUCCUGGAACAGCCGUGCUCCGUCACGCCCUGAAAUGCGGAACAAACAAGGCCCCAUCCGUCACCCUCCUUGACCACAUGGCCAGCCUUCCAGACUCCUCGACGGCCAACUACCGCCACCUGAACAAUGACAGGAGGAGGAGAGCCUUCACCUCUGAGGAAAGAAGAAAACUUGUCAAUGACCCAUCUUGCCAGACCUUUGAUAUAACACUGCUGUACAAGAGCAUAACACUGGCCUGUGAACGUGUGGCACCACUCAAUGAUGAUGCACGCUGGAAGGAUCCGGCACUCAUGGAAGGACGCCUCAAUAAAAUCAAGAGCGAAAGAAACGUCUGUGUCCACGAAUGGUCCCAGACAAUAAUAGAUGAAGACCAGUUCAAGAAUAAAGUUGAGGAACUGGAGGAGGACUUCGAAACAGCCCUUGAGUUGGUCAGGGACAGGUACGGAGUCUGUGCCAGGGAGACCAACAUUCUCAUUGAAACCAUGAAAGUACAGAUUCAAGAUGUGAUACAAGCGUUCACUGAAAGAGUCAUACUGAAGAUGACUUUUGAAAAAAAACUUGCAUUAUUCAAGGAAGUGACACCGGGUCACCUCAAAGAUCGUUACAGACACUUUGAGUCCUUUGACCCGCUGUCCUUUCUGUUGGGAUCGAAAGAACGGGUCUAUAUCCAAACGGUAUACAUAAAACUUGUCCUUCGACAAGAAAACACGCCACUUGAUAUAGAAUCAUCACAACUCUUAAGAGUUCUGAGGGAAGAGUGCCAGCCCUUCCCGCCUGUCCAGGAUGACAGGCCGCGCCUUGCAGUGGUGAGCGGCAUCGCCGGGAGUGGCAAGACCACCCUGCUCACCUUCAUGGUGUCAGAGUGGCGCAGGGAAGAGUGUGACCGGCGCGUCAAACAUCUGGAGGAGUACGACAUUGUGCUCAGAAUACUGUGCAGGGACAAACAUGCCGAGGACCUGGAGACAUUCCUGCGCCGGAUCCUCCCUCCCAGUCUGUCGGUGUUUGGUGAGCCCCUCGUGAAUUACCUGGAGCGCUGCAAAGUGCUCUUCCUCAUAGACGGCCUCGAUGAGAUGAACCAAACCUCCGAGAAGCUCGUCACUAAUGUUAUGACCUUAGCCAGAUGUAACAAACAGUUCUCAAUCCUCGUCACAUCACGCCAAGAACGAGUGGACUGGCUGUUGGGGAGUUAUGAACAGGACUAUCGCAUAUCGCACCUGUCCAUCGAGGGGAUUCACGUCGCUAAGAGGAUGGAGUUUGCACUGAAAUACUCCACCUCCUCCACAAACGAGGAGAAGCUUAGGGAGUUCAUGGCACAACACCAGGACACUGAGUUGUUUGAGCUUCCCCUCAACCUGUUAUUUUUGGUAACAUUGUUUGAAGACAAUCCAGAUAGCAUCAAGAACCACAUUACCCAAGCCAGUCUGUACACCUACUUCCACGAAUGGUGCACAGAGAAGCUGCGUGUCAGAAUAGCCACGUACCCCACAUAUGGGCAGACGAGGCCGCGCACCCUCAAGACGAGGAUAAAAAGAGUGCUGAAGGAAAUGUACCAAAUGGCACUGCAAGGCCUGCUACAGGACAGGUUGACCCUGUCAGAGGAGGACACGGAGAGGCUGGAGAAACGCUGCAAGGAAGAGGAGCUGCCGGAGCAAGAUGUCUUGGGAGCAUUCUACACACUGCGGUUGUUCGUUAACAACAGAGUGCGUGAGGAACAGUACUCGUUGCCCCACAAAGGACUGCUGGAGUACUUUGCCGCACGACAUAUCAUACAGCGCCUUCAGGAUGAGUCCCUCCCACUACCAGGGGCUGGCAGGAGCCUGACCCAUACCUCCACUCAGCAAAAAAGUCACCGUCCACGUCCACGCCUUCAGGAUAGAGUCCUCUCAUUAAUAAAUCCUAUUAGAAGUCUAUUUCGUAAAGCCACACAGCCAAAGACACCAGGAGCUAUCAGGAGUGUGCUCCAUACCGUCACUCAGCAAGGAACAUUUUGUGGUCAGCGUAACCUUUUCUUCCACGUGGCGGGCCUUUUGGCCAGAGAAAAGGUACCAAAUCGCCCCGAGGCAAUAAAGGAAGUAAUAGAGCUGGUGGCGGAGACUGGCGCACGGUGGAAGGAAUGGCUGUCACUGGUGGAACACACAGAUUAUAAUGAAAGCUUCUUGCGGGCCAUCGCUCACCACGUAUCGGAAAACCCUCCUGUUGGCACAGUAAGGAUAACAGACAGUACGUUGGCCAGCGCUGCGGCACUGCUCCCCCGUACUCCACCAACAACAACAGUGGAAUUACGGCUGGACAGAGAAAAGGUAAUGGUGAAGGACACACUACAUCGUGCCUUGACUCAUCACUAUUGCAGUGACUUGUCGCUACACCACCAUUACGAGCAACCCGGCAACAUACCCGCCUCAGACAUCGUGCUGCGCGCCAUACACAGGAGUCGCCUUUGGAGGUUCCUUGGUCACCUGAGUGGUGACUGCCUGGUGCUGCUACCUGAAAGCCUUGAGUGGUUGUUCCUGGCUGUGUCAAGUGAUGAGCACGCUGGCCGCCUCACACAGGCACUUAAUCGAGCCGCCUCAUCUCUGCGUCGCCUGUACAGCCUUGAAAUACACGUCCCCGUGUCGAUGGUAACACCAGCGGCGGUUGUGUCACCACUGCCUGAUCCCCGUGGUGGUGCUGGUGGUGUUGAUGAUGGUGGUGUGCGCUUGGUCUUAUCUGGCGUGGAAGAAAGCCUGGUGACGGAAGCGUGUCAAGUGGCAGCAGCUCUUCAGCCUAGCAAAGGAUAUCGUGACAUUGGAUUCCCCCGGGGCAGGAUGGCAGCAGCAACGUGGAGGAGCCUCCUCCACGCCAUGGCAGCAGCGGGGGUCAGGGUGGGGAGGAAGCGGGUGUGGCAGGGGCGGGAGGAGGUGUUAGGAUGUGUUUGGAUACCAGAGGAAACCAUCACGUGGGAAGAGCAGAGGGAUCUGGAACAACUCACUCACACUUUGUGGGGGUGCAGGGUGUACAGAGGUAGCGACAAGGUGUGUUUCCUUCCAUUAUAACUUCCUUACUUAAAGAUGAUGAAGAUGAUGAAGAUGAUGAAGAUGAUGAGUCAGACUGGGAAGAUGACAGUGAACAGAAGAAGGAGGAGGAAGAGGAGGAAGACUGAAGAGGAGAAUGGUGUAGUAUCUGCAGUAAUAUUGAAAGUUGUGCGAGUGAAACAGUAUUGUAAUGUUUGUAAUGUUCUAUUAACAUUUAUGUAAUGAAAUCAGGUUAUUAAUGUUACUGCUACUAGUACUACCACCACCUCGACUACUAUAUAUGACUACUACUACUACUCUACUACUACUACUACUACUACUACUACUACUACUACUACUACUACUACUACUACUACUACUACUACUACUACUUCUUCUACUACUACUACUACUACUACUACUACUACCACUACUACUGUUUGUCCGACUGUGAAUAAGAGUUGAAUUGUUAGUUUGUGUGUUGGUUUGGUUGGUGAGUGACAGGUUGCAGUGAGCACUUUUCCAACAGUGUGUGUUUCAAAGUGUUCCUUGAGGUGACAACACAAACAUACCUUGUCAAUACUUGGGCCUCAAUUAACACUUUGAUUUGAACACUGUUAAGUUGACGUGGAAUUGUAAUGUUAAGUAAGCCUUUUUACAAAUGUAUUCCUUUAGGUUAUGGUUAAAACAUGUCUUGUCAUUUUUUGGCUUCAUUUCAAACUUUUAUUGCAACACUUCAUUGUUAACACAAGAAAUCACUUUACUAUUUCACACUUUGUUCUCUCAAAUUUUCAUUCAGUGCAGAAAAAACUUAUAUUGAUUUAAAAUGUGAACAGACAGGAGUGAACUAGUGUGGCCUUGCUGUCUGUCUGUCUGUCUGUCUGUCUGUCUGUCUGUCUAGUACUAACACCACCACCACCACCACUACUGAACUAUUGUGAAUUACUUGUACUUGGCAGUGACUGGUUACUGUUGACACACAGAGUGUGUUCCACAUUGGUCAGUGGGAAUCAAGUGUUUAAUGUAGUCACCGCCUAGUUGAUGUAUUGCUUUGUGCCACAGUGUUGUAUCAUUAAAAGUGUUUCCUUG